UAAAAAAGAUAUAUAAACAAAUUUUUUGCAAUAAUUAAGAAUUAGCCCUCAUUAUAAAUUAUUUAAGGCUCUAAUCUUAUACAGCUUGAAAGUUUUAUUGUUGUGAUUUAUUUGUCAAUGGAUUGCGUCCAUAAGUUUGAUUUUGAGGCAACCUAACCUCAAUUAUUGGCCAUUUCGAUUUUGAACUCACGUGUUCUGUUGGAUUUAAAUUACUGAAAUUAUUCUCGAUUUUUGAACAAAUGCUGAGAUUGCUGACAGAAGCAAUUCUAAAAUAAUAGUAAUAGUAAUUUAUAUAUUUGCUGUAAUGGCAUGUACUGUAGCUGGCAAUGAGCGAGAAAUUUUUAGGUUUUUUAAAAAAGCAGGUUGCUGCUUAAGAUGCUGUUUACGAUUUAUAGGCUCGAGAAAUGCUGAGUUUUAUGAGGAUCCUGUAUCGUAUUUGCAAAAGUUGAAAUACUUGGACGAAGCCGAAGUUGUUGACAAUAUACCUUGCAUAGUUUGUUUGGGAAUCCUGCAAAAUAAUCUGCUUGAAGUUGCAAUUCAGAAGGCCUCAGAAGAAAUCAUUGCAGGAAAUUAUGAUUGUGACACCUUUACAUUGGCUCUGACGAUUCCAGUAACAACUAUACUCCGUGAACGAUCUCUACAAAUUUAUUUAGGGCAAUCAUUAACUUUGCCUCCAGAUGUCUUUCUCGACCUCAAGUUGCAUACGCAAAGCGUUAAAGAAGUUUGGAAAAUAUUUUCUGUUCCCAAGAUUGAGGAACUGACAAAAAAGAUUGGGGAAUCUGGAAGAACCUUUUCCCCGUUUCUUGUAGAUGUAUUAUUUUCACACUCUUGUGACGAGGAAGAGUGUGUAAGCCUAUUACAGAAAUGUAAUACAGCGAGACAAUUUAAGGCUCGAAGAAGGAAUGCCGAUGUUAAUUAUAGUAGGAAAAAUGUGGAGUCUACUUUAGAGACUUUAAGUGAUGAACAAUUUGAAAAACAUUCUCCAAUUCCACCGAAAUCUGUCGAAUCUUUUGCGUCAGUUGAUAAAGUUAUUUGUGCUCACAGUAGUAUUUAUAUAGGAGGUCGUUAUAAAAAAAUGUCCAGAAACUUGUGUCAAACGCCAUGGCUUAUAAAUGGUGAGAAAAAGUGUGAAACGUCGGUUCAAGAACUUCUUUGUGAUUCCAUAGUCAAAUACGUCAAAGCUGACUCAAUGAAGUUUUUGUCUUCGGGAAGAGAAGAUGUAGAUGUAAGAACACUAAAUGAAGGCAGGCCCUUUGCAGUUGAACUUGUCAAUCCUAGAGUUACGAAAAUUCCAGACGAUUUAAGAGAAUUGGUUUUAGAAAUUAACGAAAGUACCGAGGACGUUAAAGUUACGAAUAGUUUGAAGGUUCUUUCAAAACUAGAUUUGAAGAAAUUGAAAGAAGGCGAAAAUGAAAAAACGAAAAACUACCGAGCAUUGUGCAUUUAUAAACCAAAACCUGAUACUUUGAAUUUGAUCCAGGGAUUGAAUGAUAUGACGAAAUUGAAAAUUGUACAGAAAACACCAAUGAGAGUUUUACACCGGCGUCCUUUAGUUCCCAGAGUUCGAAUUGUACAUUCCAUGAGAGCUCGUCUGCCAACACCUGAAGAGUUGAAAAAUUUCUCUGGGGCUAUCAAUAAUCUAGGUAUUAAUAAUAUUUUCAUUCUUGAUGUAAAAACUCAAGCUGGAACCUACGUUAAAGAAUUUGUGCAUGGAGAUUUUGGAAGAACAGUUCCAAGUUUGUGUGAUCUGCUUCAAACGGACGUUGAUAUCAUCGCCUUAGAUGUUACCGGAAUUAAUUUAAAUUGGCCUUAAGUAUGUAUAAAUAUAUAAACUUUGUAUAAAAUACUAAUUUUUGUUACCAAUUCGAAUAUCAGGGAGAAUAAUACACUCUUUAUUUUUAGUAGCUUUAUUAUUUAUUCUUUUCGCUUAUCCAUUUAUUUAAUUCAACAUUUAUAGCGUAGCUUAGAAACUAAAUUUAACAUUAUAUGCAUAUCUUAGGAGUAUGAACUUGAAAGAAAUUUGGUAAAAUUACUCGUAACCUAAGCGAUCACUUAUAUGAUUAAAUUAAUGAAAAUGAUAUUACAUCUCAA